GUAUGUAUAAAAGCCCAUUUGUACGUACAAACAAAGAGCAUCAUUUUCCUCACAGAAUCCUGAUAUCCAGAGAGAGGUCAGGAUCUUUGAGGGUUUCUUUUUGCUCGAGCGAUGGCUUCGAAGCGGAUCUUGAAGGAGCUCAAGGAUCUUCAGAAAGAUCCUCCUACCUCUUGCAGCGCUGGUCCGGUGGCAGAAGACAUGUUUCACUGGCAAGCAACAAUCAUGGGUCCUCCCGACAGUCCUUAUUCCGGUGGGGUUUUCCUAGUUACCAUUCAUUUCCCUCCAGAUUAUCCUUUUAAGCCACCUAAGGUAGCUUUCAGGACGAAAGUUUUCCACCCGAAUAUCAAUAGCAAUGGCAGCAUAUGUCUUGAUAUUCUUAAAGAACAAUGGAGCCCAGCUCUUACCAUCUCCAAGGUGUUGCUGUCAAUAUGCUCAUUGUUGACGGACCCCAACCCAGAUGACCCUUUGGUGCCGGAGAUUGCCCACAUGUACAAAACAGACAGGAACAAGUACGAGACGACUGCGCGAAGCUGGACUCAGAAGUAUGCCAUGGGCUAGUAGUGAUGUGCUGCUGGACCCCCAAAGGUAUGAUGGAGAUAUGAAGAAGUGUUCCUUUUCUUUGUGUUUUCUUUAUUCUCCUGAAAUGUGAUCAAUGAGUGAAAGUGUUGUCAAACUGUAAGAUAGAGAUGGAAAAGGAAACAUGCCCCGUUCAAUACUCUUAUGCUUUCGUUUUCUUUGGGAAUAUGUUAUGCGUUUGUUGUGUUUUUACAUUGUAGAGAAUUAUGUAUAUUCAGGGUUGGGGACCACUUGUGACAA